AUGAAUAACAACAUGGCUUUCAACAACAAAGCCUGGGGAAGGCCGAAUGAUUCCCAGAACAUGAUGAACCAAAGAUCAAUGCCACCGCAACUCAUGGGCCAAGGUACUCUGGGAAAUAUAGGCUCAACAAUGGUACCAUUCCCAGGAAACCAACAAGUGUUCCAGAACAUGGGUAUGCAAGGCCAAAAUCUCGGCUUAGGCCUACAACAAAUUGCAAACAAUGCUAUGAAUGCCGCUGCAUCUCUGAACCCCCAAAUCGCAAACAAUCCUCUCUUUCAACAAGUCUCAUACCCUGAUACCAGGAGGUUGAACACCAGGCUAAAUCCCACUGCUUUCCAAACAAACAUCCCUUCUUUGGCAAGCACACAGAACAACACUAACACCGGCACUAAGCAGAGGGUGUUCACUGGGAAAGUGACUCAAAUGCAUGACAACUUUGGACUAAUUGAUGAGGAAGUUAUCUUCCAGACAAAUGUUUGUGUCAAAGGUUCACACCCCACUGUUGGAGACAGAGUCCUAGUUGAGGCUUCUUACACACCAACUAUGCAUUUCAAAUGGAGUGCAACUCGUGUGCAGGUUUUGUCUACUGUUCUGCCAAGAAACAACAAGGGCUACGGGAGUAUGGGGAACUAUGAAGGGAAUUACAAUGCUGUGCCUCCUCCAGAAGUUAGAGAUGUGGGUAGGGAUCUUGGCAGGGAUCUCAACAGGGAUCUUGGCAGAGAUAAUAACAGGAAAGGAAACAACAACAGAGGCAGAGAGCGGCCGAGAGACCGCGACCGAGACGACGACGAGAUCGACCGCAAGCGCAGAAGGGAGGAGCGGAUGAGAGAGCGGGAGAAGGAGGAUAAGGAGCGAGAGAAGGAGCGCGAGAAGGAGAAAGAGAAGAAGCAGUCGCCGGCGCGGAAGAGGACGAGGACGAGAUCGAGGUCGCCGAAGAACAGGAGGCGGACAAGGGUGGUGCCGAGGUAUAACGUGCAAGUGCCCAAGAUCGCUUUGGAUCGACACGAAGGCGACGUACUGGAGAUACGCAGUCGCUACACCAACAUCUACGUACCUUCGGACUUCUUCCACACCAGCAUCCGGUGGGUGGACUCGUUCCCGCCGGAGAAGCCGUUCGCGUUGAACAAGUCCUGCUCCUUUCACGUCAUUCACAAGGACAUCGGGGACGUCAAGGAGAACGACGCUGUGCUGGAGCCGUCCGAUGCGGAUUACCUCUUCUCCGCCAAGGUAAUGCUGAUGUCCGUGCCCGGAAUCGACGAAAUCUACACGCGCUGUUGCGCUUUGGCCGAGGACAAAGACAGCUCCGAGAAGGACUACGUGCACCCGAGCCGUACCGUCAACUUCCUGGUCGGUCUGCGCGGCAAGAACGAAACGAUGGCGAUCGGCGGGCCGUGGAGCCCGUCGCUGGACGGGGAGGAUCCCGCCGCUGACCCGUCGGUGCUGAUCCGGACGGCCAUCAGGACGUGCAAGGGACUAACCGGGAUCGAUCUCAGCAAUUGUACGCAGUGGUACCGUUUCGUGGAGCUGAAUUACCGGCGCGGCGAGACCACCCACAAGGGCAAACCAGUGCCUGCGCGCGUCGAGACAGUGGUCGUCUUCCUGCCCGACGUGUGGAGCUGUCUGCCCACCAGACUGGAGUGGGACGGCGCGCAUGCGGCCUACCGUCGCAAGCUCGAGGACGUCCUCAAGGUCAUGGGGCAGCCGUUGCAGCCGCAGCCGAAGCAGCAGGACGAAGCGGACGUCUCGAUGACAGACGAAAAGGCAGAAGAUUCUUCUUCGUUGAGCAAACUGGAACCGACCCCUCAUGGCCAGCUGGACGUGAAGACGAUGCCGGUGGCGGAGCUGAGGAACGAGCUCAGGGCUCGCGGGAUGAGCUACAAGGGGCUGAAGAGCCAGCUGGCGGCCAGGCUAGGGAAGGCGCUGAAAGCGGAGGAGGAGGCUGAGGAGAAGGGGGAGGAAGAGGAAGAAGAAGAUGAGGUUGGGGAGGGGGAUGAGGAGGAAGAGAAGGGGAAAAACGAUGAGGAGGCUGAGGUGGAGAAGCAGGAGGAUAAGAAGUCAGAGGUAGGAGAGAAGGACAAGGAAAAGGACAAGGAGAAGGACAAGGAAAAAGAGAAGGAAAGGGUAAAGAAGCUGGACGAGAGAGAGCGAGCCCUGAUAGAGAAGCGCCACACGUUGCCCGAGCAGCCGCACAUUCUCGUCCAUCCCUCCAAAACGGCCAAAUCGGGCAAAUUCGAUUGCACCGUCAUGUCGCUCUCGCUCCUUCUCGACUACCGGCCUGAAGAUACGAAAGAGCACUCGUUCGAGGUGUCGCUCUUCGCCGAGCUGUUCAACGAGAUGCUCAUUCGCGAUUUCGGCUUCAACAUUUACAAGGCUCUGCACGAUUUGCCUGAGAAGAAGGAAGAGAAGAAGGAUGAGAAAAAGGAGGAGAAAAAGGAGGAGAAAAAAGACGAUAAGAAAGACGAGAAAAAAAAGGAGGAAGAGGAGGAUAACUCUGAGGGCGAGGAAGCAAUGGAAGACGAUAAGGAUGAGGAAAAGACCGCUGAAGACGCGAAGACCGAAACGAAAAGCUCCAACUCCAAAGAGCACAAACCGUCCUCUAGCGACAAGAAGGACGGCAAAGAGAAAACGUCGAAGCAAGACGAGGAUGCCGACGAAGAGCAGGAAGACGACAGUGGCGGCGACGACGACCAAGCCAAGAGGGACAGGAAGAACAGGCCGGCAGCGGGAGGUAAGAAAAAGGAGCGACCGAGGCGAGUCACCAAGGACAAACACCUGUUGCUGUCGUUCGUCUACUUCGAUCAGACGCACUGCGGCUACAUCUUCGACAAGGACAUCGAGGAGCUGCUGUUCACGUUGGGGUUGAAGCUGUCCAGAGCUCAGGUGAAGAAGUUGGUCACAAAGGUAGUGACCAGAGACUCGUUGCACUACAGGAAACUGACCGACAAGGCGAAAGAUGAGGAACCGACGACCGCGUCGGAGGACGCCGAGGCGGCGGAGGAGCGCACGCGUCAGCUGGCGCAGGGCAACAGGUGGAUGUUGCCGGUGUUCAAAGUGGGCGGCGGCCAGACGACGGCCGGUCAAGAGGGCGGCGACGCUCUCAAGGACGGUUUCGUGCGGUACCGAGGCUCUCUCGUCGACGUUGCCAAACUGAUGUCGAAGCUCGAACGCAGCGAGAAGGCCCUAUCGGAGACAGAGACGCGGCUGGUCGAGCUGAAGCAGGACAACCGGCGGCUGGCCGAGAAGCACGUCAAGACGAAUACGUCGAUCCGCACCGUCAACUCGGAGCUGCGCGAGCUCAAGGACAAGCUGCGCGCCACGGAGGAUGUGCUUGAGAAGACGGCUGCCCUUUCCAAGUUGUACCAGCAGACGCUUGUCGACGUCCACGACAAAGUCGACCCGGUCCUGAAAAGCACUUUGUCGAUUAAAGAGGACCUCACAGCGACGACCAAUCACGCGAAAACAGAGACGAAAGACGACAAAGACAGAGAAAAGAAACAUGAGGACAGUAAGACGAGGUGGGAGAACGACAAAGACAGAGACAGCAAAGAGGGGAACGUGAAAAAGGAGGAGGAUGAGGUGCUGUCUGACGUGGAGAUGAAAGAGGUGAAGAAAGAGAAAGACAGUUGA